AUGUUAGCGCAGCCAGAGAUCACCUUCUACACUGCGUUCUCGCCAAAUGGCCACAAGGUCGCCAUAACUCUCGAAGAAUUAGGACUCAAAUAUAACAUGGUCCAUGUGAAUCUACCUGCGAUUGAGCACAAGCAGCCAUGGUUUUUGGACAUCAACCCGAACGGUCGGAUCCCUGCUCUGAUUGAUACUCUACCGGAUGGUACUUCAAUCAAACUCUUCGAGUCGGGCAGCAUCCAGCAGUAUCUUGUGGACGUAUAUGAUCCGGACUUCAAGAUUUCGUACCCCCGUGGAACGAAAGAGUUCUAUGAAACCAAUAACUGGCUCUUUUUCCAGAACGCUGGGAUCGGUCCUAUGCAGGGCCAAGCGAAUCACUUCCUACGUUACAACCUCUCCGACCUCCCUGAGGACUACUCCAGGGAAAGGUACACAAACGAGACAAGGCGGCUUUAUCGCACCCUCGAUAAACACUUUCAGGGCACUCAAUCCGAGUACUUGGUCGGCCAGAAGUGCACCAUCGCCGAUAUUGCGAUCUCGUCUUGGACAAACAUCUUGGGUUUCGCCGGCCUCGAUAUCCACGAAUUUCCGAACGUGCAUGAGUGGCAGCAGCGCAUGGCUCAAAGACCGGCGGUGCAGAAAGGGUACAACACUCCCAAGAAGGUUGAUCUUGAUAACUUGUCAAACGACAAAGCGGCUUUUGUGGCCUACCUUAAAGUCAAUGAGGAGUGGAUCAGGCAGGGCAUGGAAGAAAAUGCCAGAAAAUAG